UUGACACUUGACAGUGUUGUGUUUCGUAAACAUGAAAAUAAAUCAACUAAUACUUUAAUAAUGGAUACAAAACCAGACAAAGUAUUUCCAAGGCAAAAAAUAAAUCUGUUUCUCGUGAAGAACUAUUAAAUUUGGGGAUAAAGAUGAGUUAGUGGACAGGAUAUUGCGUUUAGAGGCACAUAAUACACAACUAAAGUGUAUUAUAAGCAAGAAUUUGAAUAAUGACGAGAACGGUGGCGUUAAUACGAAUAAAAAGCCUUUCAACUUUGCGAACUGCCAUUUCCGCCGGGUCUUACUCCACGUGAUGUACUUCGGUUGGGACUACCAAGGUUUUGUGGUGCAAGAGGACUCUAUACAGACUAUAGAGCACCACCUUUUUCACGCCCUGACUAAGGCAUGCUUAAUAGAGAGUAGAGAGACCUCUCAGUACCAUCGCUGUGGACGUACGGAUAAAGGUGUUAGUGCUUUUGGGCAGGUAAUAUCAUUAUCCUUGCGCAGUAAACAUCCUGUAGAGAAGCAGGAUUUGCCAGAAUCAAUAACAACAGAGAUGCAGUACAGUAAGAUUCUAAACAGGUUGCUACCUAAGGACAUUAGGGUGGUUGCCUGGAUGCCUAUACCUAAAGAAUUGCCUGAGUAUAGUGCUAGGUUCGACUGCAUCAAACGAACAUAUAAAUUCUAUUUCCCGUUCGUCCCUCGACUUAGACGCCAUGCGCCGUGCGUGCGCGCACUUAUUGUCACGAUUUCCGCCAUCUUUGUAAAAUGGACGUCGCAACAUCUAUGUACUCCCCUGGUGAUAGAAGGCAACGCAUUCCUCUGGCAUCAGAUUCGAUGUAUAAUGGGUGUGCUGUUACUGGUGGGCAGGAAGGGAGGAGUCCUGACAUUAUUAGGAACUGCUGGAUGUUGA